GCGAUCCUCUUCUCUCACUCCAACUUCCUGACAAUGUCGACACUCUUUCGCUCUUUGCUUUCUUCUUCUCCUCGUUUCCUCCUUUUUCGGUUUCUCCUUUUAAUUAAAGGUUUCGCUUUCUGCUCCUUGAUCCCGAGGAAGAAGCCGCUCUUGUUCCCAUGAUCUUCGCCGACGUUCUUUGGAAAUCGUUUCCUUUAUACUUGUUCGGAUCAGGAAGAGAUUCUCUCUCAGAGUCCAUUUUGCAGAUAAUUCCAGAGACAAUGGCUUCUUCUACUCCUUCUAAAAUCCUCUGUGACGCCGGAGAAUCAGACCUAUGUCGAGACGAUUCAGCUGCGUUUCUACUCAAAUUCAUAGCAAUUGCCUCAAUUCUCAUAGCCGGAGCUGCAGGUGUAGCCAUACCUCUCAUUGGCAGGAACCGCCGGUUCCUUAAAACCGAAGGAAAUCUCUUUGUAGCAGCUAAAGCCUUUGCAGCUGGUGUCAUACUCGCCACUGGAUUUGUCCAUAUGCUUGCAGGCGGCACAGAAGCUUUAACCAAUCCCUGCUUACCUGAUUAUCCUUGGUCCAAGUUUCCUUUUCCCGGCUUCUUUGCAAUGGUCGCUGCUUUGGUAACUCUGCUUGUGGAUUUCAUGGGGACACAGUACUAUGAGAGGAAUCAAGAGAGGAAUGAGGCAGCUAGCGAACCAGGCGUUGUUGAGUCUGGCCGUGAAGGGACUGCUGUUGCUCCUGAGAGAGUAAACGAUAAUAAGGUGUUUGGUGAAGAAGAUGGUGGCGGUAUUCACAUUGUUGGCAUUCGUGCUCAUGCUGCUCACCAUAGACAUAGUCACUCUAAUGGCCAUGGUACAUGUGAUGGCCAUGCUCAUGGACAUGGUCAUGUGCACGGGAAUUCAGAUGUCGAAAAUGGAGCUAGGCAUGUUGUUGUUUCUCAGAUAUUGGAGCUAGGGAUUGUGUCGCACUCAAUCAUCAUUGGUUUAUCCUUGGGGGUAUCGCAGUCUCCAUGCACAAUCAGGCCUCUAAUUGCAGCUCUAUCAUUUCACCAGUUCUUUGAAGGAUUUGCGUUGGGAGGGUGCAUCUCUCAAGCACAGUUCAGGAACAAAUCAGCGAUCAUAAUGGCUUGCUUCUUUGCACUAACAACACCGAUAGGGAUCGGGAUGGGAACAGCAGUGGCGUCGUCUUUCAACACGCACAGCCCUGGAGCUCUAGUCACUGAAGGGAUACUUGACUCGCUCUCGGCUGGGAUACUGGUGUACAUGGCUCUCGUGGACCUAAUCGCAGCUGAUUUUCUAAGCAAGAGGAUGAGUUGUAAUGUGAGGCUUCAAGUUGUGUCUUAUGUAAUGUUGUUCCUUGGCGCUGGACUUAUGUCCGCACUCGCCAUUUGGGCUUAGCCUUUUCAAUUUACAUAUUUCUCUGCUCUAGAAUCAAAUAAUAUACGUCCUCGCAAAUUCUUCUCUUUUUUUUUUUGUUGCUUUGAUUCAUACGAUAAUAUAGAGGAACAUGUUAAAAGGAUAACAAAAUAUUGAAAUUUGUGAUCUUUAUAAAAGGGUGGUCCAAAUUAGCGAAAGUAACAAGAGAGAGAGAUACAUUCAGCUUUUCACAUUUCAUUGAUGAAGCUUUUUAAAGCAAUGAUCUUAAACAAUGGCUUCUUCUUUGUGGGUUUCGAUGACGACAUCAGAGGUUGGGUAAGCCACGCAGGUGAGAACAUACCCGUCGUUCAUCUGGUCAUCGUCUAAGAAGCUCUGGUCAGACUGGUCAAUGGAGCCAGAGACGACUUUCCCGGCGCAGCUCGAG